AUGGAGUAUUAUCAGGCCUAUAAUGGUAGGAAGAAGGUUUAUGAUACCAUUUAUGGUGAUGAUGUGAAGUCAUACUCGCAAUUGGUAUGGUAUAUUAAUGCUAUAAGGGAAACUAACCCAGGGUACCAGUUUUGUCGUCCAAUGGUCUAUUUGGAUGCUACUUUCCUUACUGGUAGAUUCAUAGGCUGCUUGAUGGCUGCUACUGGCAUCAAUGGUGAUAAAGGAUUUUUUUCCCUUGCUAUGGCACUAGUCGAUUCUGAGAAUAACGAUAACUGGGAGUGGUUUUUAAUAAAUCCGACUCAAGUUGUUGGUGACGGGAGGCCAAUCACCUUCCAUUCGGAUCCCCAUGAUGGACUCUUGCGUGGUGUUCCACUUGUCUAUCCAGACUCAUUCCAUAGCUUAUGUUACUAUCAUUUGAAGACUAAUCUCCCCAUCAAUGGAUCAAAUCCUAGGUACACUCUCGUGCUUGACCACUUCCAAGAAGCGACGUACGCUCUCUCACCUGAAAACCAUGCUAAGGACAUACGGAAAAUAAGAUAUUUGAAUUAUGAUUGGGUGGCUGAUUGCAUAGAAACCAUCCUACCUGAAUCAUACGCGAAUGCGUUUUUCCAAGGUUGUCGGUAUGGACGUAUAUCUAGUAAUCUAGCAGAAUCAUUCAAUAGCGGGAUUAAAGUUCACAAGAAGAUGCCUGCAUUUGCUCUUCUUGAUCAGAUUAGGAUGAAAGUUAUGAAAAAAAUGGCAAAGCAUCGUGCUAUUGGUGAUAGUAUGAUGACUCCAUUAACUCCAGAGUAUGAGAAAAGGCUUGAGUCUCUAGAAGAUGAAGGUUUAUCUUGGCAAGUGGCGCUAUACGGUUUCUCUUGUGCUCAUGCUCUUGCAGACAUACGAAAGAUUAAACGUGAAGCUAUUGAUUUCAUUUCACCGCCUGUUGAUAUUGAUGAAGACAACACCAUCAACCCGCCUAUCAUAAAGACACAACCAGGUAGACCCCAAGGGAAAAAGAUUAUAAUUAAAGGUGAAAUGAAGCCAAAGAGGAAAGUUCAUUGUAGAAAUUGCAAGGAAGCUGGUCAAAACAGGGCAGGUUGUAAGAAUCCUCUGAAGUUUGCAUCGAACAAACUUUUUUAUUUUUCUGCAACGUUGAUUAUGUGCAAGGAUACUUAUAAAAUAUGGAUGUGUAACUCUGGUUUACACAGCAUUUGA